AUGAGCCGGAACUGUAUGCCCAAGCCCAACGUCAGUGUGGUUGUGCAGGGCUUCUGCCAGGUGCUAGUACUCAAGCAGAACUGCCGAGGAACGGUUGGAGAAGACGAAUCUGUUCAGCCAGUACAGAAGGAACAACAUGUGUUGCUGAUCCUUGUCCUUCUCAGCACUGAACUUCCUCAAAUAAUUAGAGAAAGAACAGUUCUGGUUGAUUGUGGCUGGAGAGAUAGUGAACGGCUUGGACAGUUUUUCUUGGUUCUUUCUUCGAUGAUAGUCACCAACAGCAUCAACAAGCCUUCCAACAUCAACAAGCCAUAUCCAGCAAGGUUGGUGUCAUCAGGCCCACACCAAAAUCAAAGGUAUUCCUGGCAGAAUUCCAUAAACAAAGGGCAGCGACAAGCAGGUUCUCAUCCCUGUUGA